CGCAGCCCCGCCCCUCGGUCUCCGGGAGGCGGCAACCGCUUCUCCUUGUCUCUUCCCGGUUGUCGGGGAUUGCCUCACCUCGGUUCUCGGUGACCAUGGGGGACCCCAGCAAGCAGGACAUCCUGGCCAUCUUCAAGCGCCUACGUUCGGUGCCCACUAACAAGGUAUGUUUUGACUGCGGUGCCAAAAACCCCAGCUGGGCAAGCAUAACCUUCGGAGUGUUUCUUUGCAUUGACUGCUCAGGGUCACACCGGUCACUUGGUGUUCACUUGAGUUUUAUCCGAUCCACAGAGCUGGAUUCGAACUGGUCUUGGUUUCAGCUUCGAUGCAUGCAAGUUGGAGGGAACUCGAAUGCUUCUUCCUUCUUCCACCAGCACGGGUGUACCACCAGUGACACCAACGCCAAGUACAACAGCCGUGCGGCUCAGCUCUACCGGGAGAAAGUCAAGUCUCUGGCCACCCAGGCCACCCGGAAGCACGGCACUGACCUGUGGCUUGACAGCUGUGCAGCUCCACCUGUGUCCCCUCCCCCAAAGGAGGAGGAUUUUUUUGCUGCCCAUGCCUCUCAGGAGGUCAGUGGUACCAUGCGGGCAUCAACACAGCCAGAACCAGCUCCUUUAACACCGAGGACCGUGGAAACCACUCCAGAAAAAAAUGAAGGUGGACCAGAACAAGGGCCAAGUGUGGAAGGUCUGAACGCUCCAGGGAAGGCUACAGCAGAAGUUUCAUCUCUUAUAAAAAAGAAACCAAAUCAAGCAAAAAAAGGACUUGGAGCCAAAAAAGGAAGCUUGGGAGCCCAGAAACUGACGAACGCAUCCUUCACUGAGAUUGAGAAGCAAGCACAGGCCGUGGAUAAGAGGAGGGAGCAGGAAGGCCUGGCCAGGAGUGCACCGAAAGAGGAGUCCAUGGUCUCAUCACUACGCUUGGCCUACAAGGAUCUCGAAAUUCACAUGAAGAAAGAUGAAAACUCGAACCUGAGAGGCCAGAAGAAGGUGGAAGCCGAGAGGCUAGGCAUGGGCUUUGGGAGCUGCAGGAGUGGCAUCUCCCAUUCCGUGACUUCAGACAUGCAGACCAUCGAGCAGGAGUCGCCCACACUGGCAAAGCCAAGGAGGAAGUACCAGGAGGACCCAGACGAGUCGUACUUCACCUCCAGCCCCAGCAGGUACUUUGAUGACUCCAUGGAGAUAAGAGGCAGCUCCUUUUCUAGCUGGGAUGACAGUGCCGAUUCCUACUGGAAGAAGGACAGCAGCAGAGACCUCGAGCCUGCCGUGCAAAGCGCCAGUUCUUCAGACAGGCCUAGCACUCGCAGGAAGCCAGACUACGAGCCUGUUGACAACACAGAUGAAGCCCAGAAGAAGUUUGGCAACGUGAAGGCCAUUUCCUCAGACAUGUACUUUGGAAGACAAGCCCAGGCAGAUUUUGAGACCCGAGCACGGCUGGAGAGGCUCUCUACCAGUUCCUCCAUAAGCUCCGCAGAUCUUUUUGAUGAACAGAGGAAACAGCCAGCAGGAAACUACAACCUCUCGAACGUGCUGCCCAACGCCCCAGACAUGGCGCAGUUCAAGCAAGGCGUGCGAUCCGUUGCUGGAAAACUCUCUGUCUUUGCCAAUGGAGUCAUGACAUCCAUUCAGGAUCGCUACGGCUCUUAAUCCUGGUGCCAGGCUGUACCUAACCUGGUAAAACUCCACUUCAGACGGACCUGGGACCACAUCUGGCUGCACCGAAGCCCCAGCUGCUGUGCAGGCAAGUCCUGCUGGUUGGCGAGGUGCCUGCACACUCGGAGUGCGCGUCUUUCCUUUGAGGCACCCCCAUUUCUAUGUAGUGAGCUCUGCUUUCAUUUCUGGUUUAGCGUAGCUCUUUGUGUCAGUUGAGCACAUCCUUGCUUUAUCUUUGUGGAAUCUUCAGUUCUAAGAGCCGGGAGCCUGAGCUGCGGGCUCCUCCCACUGCUCCCUGAACUGGGAACCUUCCCUGGAGCACCUGAGAGUCUCCACGGACUGUGGGCUCAGGGCUGCCAGAGCUAGCUGGUGCUGGAUAGGCCAGAGAAAUAAAGCCACAGCACAUGCUUCCCUCUGCAAAGGCGCAGACAACAAAAACCAGACCAGAAGUGCCCGGCCUCUCACUGACAGAUCGCUUCCUGUGUCCCUCACACAGCGAGGAGAUUUCAAACAACACCUAAAGCCAUCUGUCACUUUGUAAAUUAUUUUGUACAUUCUCUACACUUGAAAACGAUCCCCAAUCAGUUCUUUAUAACAAGCCCGAGCUUCCACAGUGCCAAGGGAGCUCAUUGUGACGUGGUGACAGGUGUUGCAGGGCCAACUAAGGGCUCCCAGUACACCUAGAAAUCACCCGAGGCGGCCAUGUGACUUCAGGAUCAGCUCAGAUUCGGGGAAUGGUAAUUAUAAUUGGGUGAUUUUGUUAAUAUUUUUUAUCUUGACCUUGAUGUUCCAAAAGCUACAGGAUAAAUGUAAAUCGAUAGUCGUUUGGCUGUGUUUUAGACAGCACCAGAAUAUAUUGUUCAGCACAGUAAAAUAUAUUUGAAAUUUGAUGAACCAAAAUGUGAUUUCAGAUGAUUAUUUUGUGAAUCUUUCUUAAAAGAUCCAAUUUGUAGACUUCUAAAUAUAACGGACAGCACAGCA